AUGUUCCGAAUGGUCUCCCAAGCUCGAGGUAGCGCAUGUAUCGCUGCCUUCCCCACUCGUAAUCAUCGCCCUGUCACUUUUAGUCGCUCUGUUCACAACGUCAAGCUAGUAGAACUCCAUCAUCAGCUGUUCCAGCCAGCUCCAGAGAUACUAAUAUUGCAUGGUCUUAGACUUCAUGGUCCCACUACUAAGAUUGUAGCAAAUCCUGUAUAUAAAAAGCCGGCAGGAAGAAUCGCUUCGGAGACUACUCGUUAUUCAAAUUUGGCCAAGACUUCUAAUAAAAUCAACACACCAACAAUUGUUGUAGCUUCUGCCACGGCUCUAAUCACGGAUUCUCCGGUCGAGACACCCCUCCUGAGCAAAGCAACCUUUGGCGAGUUCAUCACCGCGCUUGGCGAUGCUAUCGAAUCUUUAACAUGGAUUCAUAGUGGUCGUCCUAACAAAAGCCCCGAAUUUCCUCAAGAUACCGGUAAUACAAUAGAUGGAAGUAAGAAAUCCUUUGAGAUGAUGUUUUAG